AUGGGUUCGUACUCAAUAGCAAGUGCUAUAUCUCGAUUUCCGCCUCUAACCCGAUUCGUUAAACCUUAUUCGACCGCUUUUUCUUACAUCAAUUGUCCUUGUAACAGAGCACAGAGGCCAAAGAGAUUUGAUCAGCUUCGUGUGUUCUCUAUGGCCUCGGAAGCUAAGGAAUCACCAGCAAACAACCCUGGCUUGUCUACGGUUCGUGAUGAGGCUACAAAAGGGUAUAUCAUGCAGCAAACUAUGUUUCGGGUGAAGGACCCUAAGGCAAGUCUUGACUUUUACUCACGCGUCCUGGGAAUGUCAUUGCUGAAAAGGCUAGAUUUCUCUGAGAUGAAAUUCAGCUUGUACUUCCUGGGCUACGAGGAUACUUCAACAGCUCCAACGGAUCCAACUGAGAGAACUGUUUGGACCUUUGGUCGACCUGCAACAAUUGAACUGACUCAUAACUGGGGUACAGAGAGUGAUCCUGAGUUUAAAGGCUAUCAUAAUGGGAACUCCGAGCCUCGUGGAUUUGGGCAUAUUGGGGUUACGGUUGAUGAUGUGCACAAGGCAUGCGAGAGAUUUGAACAAUUAGGAGUUGAGUUUGUCAAGAAACCAUAUGAUGGAAAGAUGAAGAAUAUCGCCUUCAUCAAGGAUCCUGAUGGCUACUGGAUCGAGAUCUUCGAUCUCAAGACUAUCGGGACAACAGCUGGAAACGCUGCUUGA